CUCAUCACAGAGACGAUAAUAACGGAGAGGAGGUAGACUCCUCACGAGGCCAUGGCAGGGCCCCCGUAAACAGACAAACAUAUUUAUUCUCUUUGUUCGCCUCGACGCACCGCUCGCCGCCUCCGAGGAGGGGCCGCAGAAUAGCUCUCUCUGGUGGAAGAGUGGGGGAAGAGGAGGGGAGAAAGCAACAGGGAGAACCGAGGGAUUUUUCUACCGGAUAACCUAAUGGCAGAGCGCGAGGCGUCGCCGUUACCACUAGAGGUUCGCGCCCGGCUGGCGGAGCUGGAGCUCGAGCUGUCAGAGGGUAAGAACACACCCCAGACGCCCGGUUAUUCCGUUAACGUAGAGGAAUCUCUACACUAAUGGCUCUUUCCACCCCAGACCCCCCUCUCUCUCCCCUGCUCCGCCCCUCCAGAUGUUUGUCAGAGCGGCCCUCCCAGUCUGCUCUAGCCGGGACAGGGUGAGGGAAGAGUGGCAGCCCACUGCGGGAUUCACCCGCCUUUCUUUGUCUCUCUGGUCGUGACACAUACACAGACACAUGGCCCUGUGCUCGGUUCAGGUCUGAAAACCGGCUAUUUGACCUUGAGAAGUACGUUUUGUCCGUGCUUCCACGGACCUGUGUGGUGUGUGUAGGCCUGCGUGUGUGUCACGCUCAAACGAAUGGAUUUAAUAAUCGCGAUGCCGAUGCAACACUGCGUGACAGGAGACGGUUCGGUGGUGUGUGUGUGUGUGUGUGCUCAGGCUCGGUGUUUUGGCCUGCACGCUCAGCAGCUGAUGAUGAUGAUUUGGGUGUUUUUUUUCUGACGACAAUUGAAUCUAAAAUAAAAUAGUCGAAACCGAAUCUGUUAAAUCACAACCAAGCCUAUCCACCAAUGGAAUGCGGAGAUUAUUUUGCCGCAUGUUAUAUUGUCAGAUAAAUUGCGCAUUUGUUUCAUUUGUGUCUGCGUUAUAUAAUGUUGACAUAUUUUAUUCAUAUACAUUGUCUGCUCUAUAGAUUGUUGUCAACGCUCCUGGUGUAUGUUGUGUGGUUUACAUGGACUAGCGUGGUAGGGACACACUGUUGAACGCCUAUAGCCUUGAUGUGUUGUUGUCAACGUUUUUCUAUUGCAGCCAGAUGUACAGUAUCUUAUGAUUGCUUGAGUGUUGGUUCCCAAACCCAGCUUUCCCUCCAUAGGCUGUUCAAUCAGAGCAGAACCAGGACAUGGCAGUUACUUGUGGACAGUGUUUCCCCUAUGAUUUUUUUCAGCAAGGGUGGGUGUGGGGGUUCAUUGCUAGUAAUAAUAAUAAUAAUAUGCCAUUUAGCAGACGCUUUUAUCCAAAGCGACUUACAGUCAUAGUGUAGCAAUGCAAUGACAUGCUAGCUGUUCCCAUAGACUUCCAGUCGUUGAGCCAACUACUUUCCAUUUAAAAGCACGUCUCCUGGGCCACCGCUACUAAAUGAAUAUAGAGGAAACAAUGGGUGGAGAUGGAGAGCUGCUGUAUGUGGACAUGAAUGGAUGAUGACAGACAGGAAUGUAUUAGGACAGAUAUAUCAUGGUCAUUAUCAGGUGCCACUCUGUCAACGUUGUUGAUGUAGGCCUAUCACUAAACGCUUUAUUUAAAAGAUCGCUUGUGGGAGCAGCCAACAGUGAGCGGACAAUACCUUUUUCUUUAGGGGUUCUGUUUUUAUCUAGCUCCUUUGGCAAGCUGCUCUCUUGUGCUACACAGCAUGUUAUUCUCACACCUUCCUCUCUGCCUUUCUCUGGCCCAUCGAGUGACCAUUCCGUGCAGGGACAGGGUGUGCGUGUGCGUGCGUGCGCGUGCGUGCAGCGUGUGUGUGAGCCCUCUGGCACGGCUCUGGACACGCGUGUAUAGACACAGGACUCUGGGACACGAGUUUCAGCCUGGAAGCCCAAGGUCCCCAUGACGCAUGCUGUGUGUGUGUGUGUGUGUGUGUGUGUGUGUAUGUGUGUGAUCACAUGAAAUGAGAUUGUAAUGGAUACAAAGAUAAAAGGAGAAACGAGAGUGAAAGAGAGGGAGAGGGGGUAUACAGAUUGAUUGGCUUGGCAUCUCUCUCCCAGUGUCUAUCUGUGUGAUUUAAUUUGUUCACAAUGACCAAUAGGGAAGGAAUGCUGCUUAGACUGUAACCAAUCACAGCUGGAUGUUGAUGUGAUUCUGGGGAUCGGUGUGAGACACACAAAAACACACACACUUUCCAAAUGUUCUAUGUUGGCUAGCAAUUUUCAGACACUUGAAGGAAAAUGUAAGUUUCAAUUGCACCUCCGUCAUUCGAUCGCGUCAUGCCAUUGUUAUGAACGUUCUCAAGCCUCCCUCUGCCGGCGAUGCCAUAGAGGUGCCAAAAAGUCGUGAUAAUCCCAGUCAUUCUGGACGGAGGCUAACGGCUGUGUCUUCUAAAUUACACUAUAGUGUCCUGGAAAUACGAUGACAUUGCUAAAGUAGGCAGAUAUUUCGUAGGAAACAACUUUGCCAUCAUUAUCAUGUCAUCAAAUUUACUUUAGACAGAUGGCGAUGUUGUCAUUAGCUAGCAAAGUUCGUCAAAAAUAGCUAGCAAUGUUAACGUUAGUUAGCUAAAAUUCGGUGCUCUCGACCUCAAUUUUAGCUAGCUAGUUAACGUUAUACUCCAUCUAAAGUCAAUCUGGCGAAAUCAAAAUCAUGACUAAAGGUUUUCCUACUAAUUAUUGUAUUCCAUGCCACAGUAAUGCACUUUUGAGAGUCCAAAACGUUCAAACAAAUGUUAAAAACUAUAUUAUGACGAAACGUGCAACCCAUGAAUAGUAUGAAACUGUGAGAGACCGAGAGAAAAAUAUCAUUUGAAGAAAGAGAGAAUAGGAGAGAGAGAGCAGGCAUAGGGUUGUUAUGAACUCUGAUAUUUCAGUAUGGUAUUCUCACACAAACACACAAACACACACACACUCAGGCAGGUAUCAUUAGCCCAGUUUUCACAUCUGGAAAUCCAAGAUGGCCACCAGGCCUUCUCCAGGAGAACGGUUGCUAGGCAACUUCCUCCCUGCUCCACUGCCUUAAGAUCUGAAGAUGGUGUCUCCCUGUGGAUGGUGUGUGUGUGAGUGAGUGCAGAAACAGGAAUGCUGUAUCUGAUCUGCAGAAAGGCCUCACAGCGAUAAAACACAUACACACACACAUGCUGAAUAUCAUAGCAAGGAACAGAUGAGGGGAUUGGACCCAGAUGUUCUGGCCACUCUCCAUGGUCAGAUAGUGAAAUACAUACUCUCACGCUCUCUCUCCCACUCAUUCACUCUAAAAAAUAAAAUGUCCUCUCACACACACUAAAGGGGUGGGUUCUGAGGCCUCAUGUAAAAAAACAGGGUUAACUGAUACUCUUACACUCAAAACAACCUCUUUCUCUCUCCGUCUCUCUAUCCCCCCCCCCCCCCCCCCCCCCCCCCUCUCUCUCUGCCAGGUGACAUCACACAGAAGGGUUAUGAGAAGAAGCGGUCUAAGCUGAUCAGGGCCUACUUUCCUCAUCCUGGAGGUACAUAAAUACAGUCUCUGUCCUCUAGUAGAACACCUCUAUGCAGCACAUCUAUUCUAGUCCCACUGGGUUUAACCCUCCUCGUUUAACCCCUGGCUCUCUCUCACUCUGGGUCACACAAGACUUUGUAUUACUCCAAUGCGCUCAAUGUAGCAGCAUAUUGAAUAUGCUGAAAGCUCCUUCCACACUGAGAAUGUUGGGUGAUUUUUGUAUCUCCAUCUGUGGCUUUGACUGUAUCUUUUUGACUCUCUCAUUAUUUUUCUGUCUGCCUUUCCCUGUUUGUUUGUGUGUGUGCAGGUAUGGAGGGUAUGUCUCACCGCCCUCCCUUCGCCCCCCCGUCUGCCGCUCGUUUCCACAGACGACGCUCUUCUGGAACACAUGAUGAACGCUACCGUUCAGGUACACACACACACACCUUUACUACAGAUGAGAUACUGAACCUGACUUUAGACCAGAGUUAUUCAAACUGUUGGUCAAUAGACACACCUUUAGUCAGUCCUUUCAGUAUAACCAUAUAAUAUAGAUAUAUAUUUUAAUUAAAUUGACUAACAUAAUUUCUGUCCCUCUCUCUCCAACACCAUAUCACCCCCCAGACGUCCACAGUGAGGCGGUACAGGCAGUGUUAGCCAGGCAUGUGGAGAGCAACGUGGCAGUGCCUAUGCCCUCCAAACGACGAUCACUGGUGGUACAGACAUCCAUGGAUGCGUACACCCCCCCAGGUGAGACACACACACAUACACUUAUCAGGUUAUGUUCGGUGCUUGACUUGGGCAGGAGCUCACCUGAACUGAGUAACUGCACCUCACAUUUUCUACUGCUUGAGUUCCUGCACCCCUUAUAGAAUAUUAUUAGCUCAAAAGUAUUGCAGAGUUCCUGCACCUAAAUAUAAAGAGUAACGGUAGCUAACUCCGUUCCGUACAUAUGUGGGCAACCGCGGCAUUCAAACGAGGCUGCAAUGAAAACUAAUGGGACUGUAGCGACUGUGUUGGCAUCAAAAUCCGGGGUGUGAACUAAGUUUCGAUUCAGCGUUGAUUGACAUGGUAAUUGACCAAUAGUAUUGGAGAAAAGUUGAAAAAACUGACCCCGCUGACGCUGUACGUUAAAGUAUGACAUGUCACGACGUAAAGUACGGCACGCAUUAUUCAACUCAUUCUGUGCCGUACAGCCUCUUUCCACCAGGUGUAGCGCUUCUCUCGCAGAUUAAAAACAUGAAAUGAUCAAUGGUGAGUGUAAUGGUGAGUGUAAAGUUGUCACGCUCUGGCUCUGGGGACUAUGUUAUGUUGAGCCAGGGUGUGUAAGUCUAUGUUUAAUUUUCUAUGUUGGUCUGAGUGACUCCCAAUCAGAGGCAACGAGUGUCAGCUGGGUGUCUCUGAUUGGGAGCCAUAUUUAACUGUUGGUCUUGCACUUUGUGUUUUGUGGUUUCUUGUUCCUUUUGGUUUGUGUAUCGAAGGACUUCACGUUUCGUUCUUUGUUUUGAUCGUGUGAUCUAGUAAAUAAAUAUAAAUAUGUUCACCCGCAACGCUGCGCCUUGGUCCUCUCUGUUCGACGAGCGUGACAGAAGAAACCACCUUAACCAGACCAAGCAGCGUGUUCAGGAGCCAUCGCUGGCAGAUCUCCGUGGCAACCUCGACUGGAUCAAGCAGCGUGACGAGGAGAGAGGAUGGACGUGGGAGGAGAUGAUUGCGAGUCUGGCAAGAGGGAGGAGAGACCCCCAGGAAAUUUUUAGGGGGGGGCUCACGACGUCGGGCCAGCAGGUGUACGGGUUAGAGCGGUGCAAAGCGUUGGCAGAGAAGGCCGCCAGGUUAGGGGGGCCACUGGGCACAGAGGAGAGGGAAAGUGUGGAGGCACGGCGAGAGGUACUGGGGUGUGUUACCAGUCCGGUCCGGCCCGUUCCUGAUCCCUGCGUGGGGCCAGUGGUGUGUGUCCCCAGUACGGUCCGGCCUGUUCCUGCCAUUCCCACCAAGUCAGUGGUGCGCGUCGUCAGCCCAGCCCGGCCUGUCCCUGCCAUUCCCACCAAGUCAGUGUUGCGCGUCGUCAGCCCGGCCCGGCCUGUUCCUGCCAUUCCCACCAAGUCAGUGGUGUGCGUCGACAGCCCAGCCCGGCCUGUCCCUGCUCCACGCACCAAGCCUACGGGGUGCGUCGCCAGUCCAGCCCGGCCUGUCCCUGCUCCACGCACAAAGCCUACGGUGUGCGUCGCCAGCCCAGCCCGGCCUGUCCCUGCUCCACGCACAAAGCCUACGGUGUGCGUCGCCAGCCUGGUUCAGCCCGUUCCUGCUACUCGCACCAAGCCCGGGGUGCGAGUCGUCAGCCAGGUCCGGCCCGUCGCUGCUCCACGCACCAAGCCAAGGGGGCGCAUCGUCAGCCAGGUCCGGUCCGUUCCUGCCUCACGCGCCAAGCCAGGGGUGCGCGUCGUCAGUCCGGCACGGCCCGUGCCUGCUCUCCGCACCAAGUCUAUGGUGCGUUUCGUCAGCCCUGUCCGGCCCGUUCCUGCUCUCCGCACCAAGUCUGUGGUGCGCGUCGCCAGCCCGGUCCGGCCCGUCCAAGCUCCCCGCACCGGGUCAGUGGUGCGCGUCGUCAGCCUGGUCCGGCUCAUUCCUGCUCCCCGCACCAAGUCAGGGGUGCGCUUCGUCAGCCCGGUCCGGCCCGUUCCUCCUCCACGCAUCAAGCCAGGGGUGUGCGUCGUCAGUCCAGCACAACCCGUGCCUGGGUCAUGUCCGGAGCCGGAUCCGCCGCCGAGGCGGAGUGCCCACCCGGUCCCUCCCCUGUUGCGGUUGUUUGGCGCGGCCGGAGUCCGCGCCUUUGGGGGGGGGGGUACUGUCACGCUCUGGCUCUGGGGACUAUGUUAUGUUGAGCCAGGGUGUGUAAGUCUAUGUUUAAUUUUCUAUGUUGGUCUGAGUGACUCCCAAUCAGAGGCAACGAGUGUCAGCUGGGUGUCUCUGAUUGGGAGCCAUAUUUAACUGUUGGUCUUGCACUUUGUGUUUUGUGGUUUCUUGUUCCUUUUGGUUUGUGUAUCGAAGGACUUCACGUUUCGUUCUUUGUUUUGAUCGUGUGAUCUAGUAAAUAAAUAUAAAUAUGUUCACCCGCAACGCUGCGCCUUGGUCCUCUCUGUUCGACGAGCGUGACAAAAGUUAAUUACUUGUGAGUUCAUCAAUAGUUAAUUCAAUCAAUUGUAAAUUUUUCGCAUAAUCACUGCGAGCCAUCAUGACUCUCAAAAACCGUGACACCCACAGUUUAAUUGUGAAGAUAAAUUUAGCGCCACCCUAAAAACCCUAUUCAAAUUCGACACAAACCUUCAAAUAGGUAUGUAAUGAGAAAUUACAGUGAGGGAAAAAAGUAUUUGAUCCCCUACUGAUUUUGUACGUUUUCCCACUGGCAAAGACAUGAUCAGUCUAUAAUUUUAAUGAUAGGUGUAUUUGAACAGUGAGAGACAGAAUAACAACAAAAAAAUCCAGAAAAACGCAUGUCAAAAAUGUUAUAAAUUGAUUUGCAUUUUAAUGAGGGAAAUAAGUAUUUGACCCCCUCUCAAUCAGAAAGAUUUCUGGCUCCCAGGUGUCUUUUAUACAGGUAACGAGCUGAGAUUAGGAGCUCACUCUUAAAGGGAGUGCUCCUAAUCUCAGCUUGUUACCUGUAUAAAAGACACCUGUCCACAGAAUCAAUCAAUCAAUCAGAUUCCAAACUCUCCACCAUGGCCAAGACCAAAGAGCUCUUCAAGGGUGUCAGGGACAAGAUUGUAGACCUACACAAGGCUGGAAUGGGCUACAAGACCAUCGCCAAGCAGCUUGGUGAGAAGGUGACAACAGUUGGUGCGAAAAUCCGCAAAUGGAAGAAACACAAAAGACUGUCAAUCUCCCUCGGCCUAGGGCUCAAUGCAAGAUCUCAUAUCGUGGAGUUGCAAUGAUCAUGAGAACGGUGAGGAAUCAGCCCAGAACUACAUGGGAGGAUCUUGUCAAUGAUCUCAAGGCAGCUGGGACCAUAGUCACCAAGAAAACAAUUGGUAACACACUACGCUGUGAAGGACUGAAAUCCUGCAGUGCCCGCAAGGUCCCCCUGCUCAAGAAAACAUAUAUACAGACCCGUCUGAAGUUUGCCAAUUAACAUCUGAAUGAUUCAGAGGAGAACUGGGUGAAAGUGUUGUGGUCAGAUGAGACCAAAAUCGAGCUCUUUGCCAUCGCCGUGUUUGGAGGAGGAGGAAUGCUGCCUAUGACCCCAAGAACACCAUCCCCACCGUCAAACAUGGAGGUGGAAACAUUAUGCUUUGGGGGUGUUUUUCUGCUAAGGGGACAGGACAACUUCACCGCAUCAAAGGGACGAUGGACGGCCAUGCACCGUCAAAUCUUGGGUGAGAACCUCCUUCCCUCAUCCAGGGCAUUGAAAAUGGGUCGUGGAUGGGUAUUCCAGCAUGACAAUGACCCAAAACACACGGCCAAGGCAACAAAGGAGUGGCUCAAGAAGAAGCACAUUAAGGUCCUGGAGUGGCCUAGCCAGUCUCCAGACCUUAAUCCCAUAGAAAAUCUGUGGAGGGAGCUGAAGGUUCGAGUUGCCAAACGUCAGCCUCGAAACCUUAAUGACUUAGAGAAGAUCUGCAAAGAGGAGUGGGACAAAAUCCCUCCUGAGAUGUGUGCAAACCUGGUGGCCAACUACAAGAAACGUUUGACCUCUGUGAUUGCCAACAAGGGUUUUGCCACCAAGUACUAAGUCAUGUUUUGCAGAGGGGUCAAAUACUUAUUUCCCUCAUUAAAAUGCAAAUCAAUUUUUAACAUUUUUGACAUGCAUUGUUCUAGAUUUUUUUGUUGUUAUUCUGUCUCUCACUGUUCAAAUAAACCUACCAUUAAAAUUAUAGACUGAUCAUGUCUUUGUCAGUGGGCAAACUUACAAAAUCAGCAGGGGAUCAAAUACUUUUUUCCCUCACUGUAUAUAAACUCUUUAUAGUGUUUUAUUUACAUUUUAGAGGUGAUAAGUUGGACAAAUCGGGUGAAAAAAGAUGGUUCCCCACCCGCCAUUUAAAAAAAGACCAGGCGGAGCUCCAUUGCUUUCUUCAAUCAUGCAGAGACAGGCAGCAUGAAGGUCUCGUCAUUGACUUUGCUGGAAAGGGGAGAAAUUGUGCUUUACAAUGGUAUUCAUAUUACAAUUGACCUGGAAGUAUUACGUUUUUGGGGUGCUAAAAUAAGGUCAAAUGUAGGGAACAGAGCGAUGUACAAAAGUGCGUUAGCUACCGUUACCGGCACUCAAAAUGAGUACCGGCUCCUAUUUCAGUCCAAGUCAAGCACUAGUUAUGAUUAUGUUAGUGUUAUACUGUAGUAAAGUUGGAUGAAGGUUACUGACCCUCACUAGGCCUGUCCCCACUGUGCUCAGACUCGUCGUCGGGCUCAGAGGAAGAGGAGGGGCCAGGCGAUGACAUGCCGGGAAUGGAACACUGGAUGACUCGCCCUGCCCACUUAGGUCCAGCCCACCUAGGCUCCACCUCCUCGUCCUCCUCGUCCACUCAGAGCGGAGGAAGCGGCAACGCAGGACGACUAGCCGACUCGCUCGCACACACACACCUCUCACACCCACACCUGGCGCACGCCCAUCUCACACACACACACCUGACCCAGUCACACCACGUGUCAGCUCACCACUCACAAACACACCACGGUGAGUACAACUUCACUGUGAGUGUAUGUGUGUACAGGAUGUGUGUGUUUACAUCUAAUCUGUGUGUGUAUGUGUGUGUCUGCAGGUAUAGGGCACCUGUCUCUGAAGCGUAAGGCAGCUCUGGGCGUGGCAGAGAACGGAGGCUCUCUCAGAAGAUCCUGUGAGUUCGGCUCUGAUAUGCUGUGGCCUCCACCACUGGAGUCUGAUGGUCAGUACAGACACACACACACACCUUUUUUAUACAUGUGCCCCACCACUACUUUAACUCUCCCUCUCUCUCUGUCUCUUUCUGUCUCUCUCUUUCUGUCUCUGUCUCUUUCUGUCUGUCUCGCUUUCUCUUUUUGUCUCUCUCUUUCUGUCUCUUUCUGUCUCUCUCUCCAUUUGUCUCUCUCUCUCUCUCUCUCUCUCCUCUCUCUCUCUCUCUCUCCUCUCUCUCUCUCUCUCUCUCUCUCUCACUGUAGAGAAUCACUCUGCUCCUCCUGAUGUGACUGGCUACUCGUCUGACUCCUCCCACUCUCACCCCCACCCCCACUCCCACUCAGAGCGCAACAUAGGAACCAUCGCCCGAAACACGCAGAAAUACGGCAACGCUGAACGCAUGGAGACUGGAGACGGUGUCCCAGUCAGCAGUCGUGUGUCUGCUAAGAUUCAGCAGCUGGUGAACACUCUGAAAAUGCCUCGUAGACCUCCGCUCAGAGAGUUCUUCGUUGAUGACUUCGAAGAACUUCUAGAAGGUAGGAGCUAUCAACCAAUAAAUCUAUCAAUAAAUCAACUAAGCUUUAAAUCUAGCUGUCUAGCAAUUUUCUCUGUCUUUGUAUUUAGUGAAAGGUUAGUGAAUGUUUCUGCAGUAUUCUGUAGUACAGUGGGGAAAAAAAGUAUUUAGUCAGCCACCAAUUGUGCAAGUUCUCCCACUUAAAAAGAUGAGAGAGGCCUGUAAUUUUCAUCAUAGGUACACGUCAACUAUGACAGACAAAAUGAGAAAGAAAAAUCCAGAAAAUCACAUAGUAGGAUUUUUAAUGAAUUUAUUUGCAAAUUAUGGUGGAAAAUAAGUAUUUGGUCAAUAACAAAAGCUUCUCAAUACUUUGUUAAAUACCCUUUGUUGGCAAUGACACAGGUCAAACGUUUUCUGUAAGUCUUCACAAGGUUUUCACACACUGUUGCUGGUAUUUUGGCCCAUUCCUCCAUGCAGAUCUCCUCUAGAGCAGUGAUGUUUUGGGGCUGUCGCUGGGCAACACAGACUUUCAACUCCCUCCAAAUAUUUUCUAUGGGGUUGAGAUCUGGAGACUGGCUAGGCCACUCCAGGACCUUGAAAUGCUUCUUACGAAGCCACUCCUUCGUUGCCCGGGCGGUGUGUUUGGGAUCAUUGUCAUGCUGAAAGACCCAGCCACGUUUCAUCUUCAAUGCCCUUGAUGAUGGAAGGAGGUUUUCACUCAAAAUCUCACGAUACAUGGCCCCAUUCAUUCUUUCCUUUACACGGAUCAGUAGUCCUGGUCCCUUUGCAGAAAAAACAGCCCCAAAGCAUGAUGUUUCCACCCCCAUGCUUCACAGUAGGUAUGGUGUUCUUUAGAUGCAACUCAGCAUUCUUUGUCCUCCAAACACGACGAGUUGAGUUUUUACCAAAAAGUUAUAUUUUGGUUUCAUCUGACCAUAUGACAUUCUCCCAAUCCUCUUCUGGAUCAUCCAAAUGCACUCUAGCAAACUUCAGACAGGCCUGGACAUGUACUGGCUUAAGCAGGGGGACACGUCUGGCACUGCAGGAUUUGAGUCCCUGGCGGCGUAGUGUGUUACUGAUGGUAGGCUUUGUUACUUUGGUCCCAGCUCACUGCAGGUCAUUCACUAGGUCCCCCCGUGUGGUUCUGGGAUUUUUGCUCACCGUUCUUGUGAUCAUUUUGACCCCACGGGGUGAGAUCUUGCGUGGAGCCCCAGAUCGAGGGAGAUUAUCAGUGGUCUUGUAUGUCUUCCAUUUCCUAAUAAUUGCUCCCACAGUUGAUUUCUUCAAACCAAGCUGCUUACCUAUUGCAGAUUCAGUCUUCCCAGCCUGGUGCAGGUCUACAAUUUUGUUUCUGGUGUCCUUUGACAGCUUUUUGGUCUUGGCCAUAGUGGAGUUUGGAGUGUGACUGUUUGAGGUUGUGGACAGGUGUCUUUUAUACUGAUAACAAGUUCAAACAGGUGCCAUUAAUACAGGUAACGAGUGGAGGACAGAGGAGCCUCUUAAAGAAGAAGUUACAGGUCUGUGAGAGCCAGAAAUAUUGCUUGUUUGUAGGUGACCAAAUACUUAUUUUCCACCAUAAUUUGCAAAUAAAUUCAUUAAAAAUCCUACAAUGUGAUUUUCUGGAUUUUUUUCCCCUCAUUUUGUCUGUCAUAGUUGAUGUGUACCUAUGAUGAAAAUUACAGGCCUCUCUCAUCUUUUUAAGUGGGAGAACUUGCACAAUUGGUGGCUGACUAAAUACUUUUUUCCCCCACUGUAUGUGUAAUGGUCUUAUUUGCAUGUUUCACAAUAAAAGUCUCUGUCUCUCUUUCACUCUUUGUAGUCCAGCAGCCAGAUCCUAAGCAGUCGCGUCCGGAGGGGGCAGAGAUGUUGGCAGUAAGCGGAGAAGCCCUGGGGGUGGUGACUAACUGGCCCCCCUCCCUGGAGGCAGCUCUCCAACGCUGGGGCACCAUCAGCCCUAAAGCGCCCUGUCUCACCAGUCUGGACACCACUGGCAAACCGCUAUAUGUACUCACAUACGGUAACCACACACACACACACACACACACACACACACACACCGAACACACACACUUACUGAGCCUUGUGUUGUGUCCACAGGGAAGCUGUGGUCUCGGAGUAUCAAGCUGGCCUAUAACAUCCUCCACAAGUUGGGCAGCAAGCAGGAGCCCAUGUUGCGACCGGGGGACAGGGUGAGUACAUGUAGAUAAUCUAUCCCUUGAAUGAAAUAACAAAAAAACUGUAUUUUUACUAGUUAUGUUAUUUUCAGAGGAAUUAAGGACAAGACGGAUUGUAAUAUUUUCUCAUUGUCUGUAUUCCUCCGAUCCACUAGGUGGCACUGGUGUUUCCUAACAAUGACCCGGUGGCCUUCAUGGUGGCCUUCUACGGCUGCCUGCUGGCUGAGGUGGUCCCUGUACCCAUAGAGGUGCCCCUCACACGCAAGGUACAGUACAUCUAGUGGAUACAUAAAUCAGUGGUCCAAGCACUGAGCCAUGGGGAACACCUUAUUUCAUUGACAUAAUGUAUAUUUUGUUGUAUAAGCAAUGUGGUCCUCUGUAGUUUAGCUGGUAGAGCACGGCGCUUGUAACGCCAGGGUAGUGGGUUCGAACCCCGGGACCACCCAUACACAAAAAUGUAUGCACGCAUGACUGUAAGUCGCUUUGGAUAAAAGCGUCUGCUAAAUGGCAUAUUAUAUUAUUAUUUUAUUAUUAAGCACAUUCAAGCAAAUAUAUGUAUAGAAUUUUCUUGUCUUGGACAUAAACGUGUCUGUCUUGUCCAAUAGGACGCUGGCAGCCAGCAGAUUGGGUUCCUAUUGGGAAGCUGUGGGGUUACCGUGGCGUUGACCAGUGAUGCCUGCCAUAAAGGCCUGCCCAAGAGCGCUACAGGAGAGAUACCACAGUUCAGAGGUAAGUGUAGGUGUGCGUGCAUGCGCAUGUGUUUAUAUAUGCCAUAUUAAAAUAAAAGGUUCUAGUAAUCUAGUUCCUCAACAGUGUGUGAAUGCAGCCAAAUGAUUGCCUCUCUGUCUCUCUAGGGUGGCCUAAGCUGCUGUGGUUUGUGACUGAGUCGAAGCAUCUCUCCAAACCUCCUAGAGACUGGUUCCCUCACAUCAAAGAUGCAAACAGCGACACAGCAUAUAUAGAGGUAAUGCACAUUCAUUACAUUUCUGUUACAAAGAGAACUCCUAAUGCAAAUCAAUACACCGUUUUUAAAAAAUGUAUUUAUUUGUUACUCUACACAUACAGACAUUUUCACAUGCAUUCUCUCUCUCUCUCCCAGUAUAAGACGUGUAAGGAUGGGAGUGUCCUUGGCGUGACGGUGAUGAGGAUGGCUCUGCUGACUCACUGCCAAUCCCUCACACAGUCGUGUGGCUACACAGAAGGUAAGACACACACUUUAAAUCUAACAGACAGUCUCUCUCUCACACACACACACGCUCCCACAUACACACAUUCUGCCAGGUAAUCUCUCUAACUCUCUCUUUUGCUUCAAUGAUCUCCUGACUCUCUCUUUGUCUCCCUCCCUCUCUCACUCCCCCACUCUCUUCUACCCCCCUCCACCUCCCCCACUCUCUUCUACCCCCUCCACCUCCCCCACUCUCUUCUACCCCCUCCAACUCCCCCACUCUCUUCUACCCCCUCUCUCCCCCACUCUCUUCUACCCCCUCCACUCCCCCCUCUCUCUACACCCCUCCAACUCCCCCACUCUCUUCUACCCCCGUCUCUCCCCCACUCUCUUCUACCCCCUCCAACGCCCCCAUACUCUCUUCUAACCCCCUCCAACCUCCCCACUCUCUUCUACCCCUCCACCUCCCCCAACUCUCUUCUACCGCCCUCCAACUCCCCUCUCUCUUCCUACCCCCCUCACCUCCCCCACUCUCUUCUACCCUUUCUACCCCCUCCACCUCCCCCACUCUCUUCUAACCAACUCUCAACCUACCCCCCUCCACCUCCCCCACUCUCCUUCUACCCCCUCCACUCCCUCUCUCUUCUAAACCCCUCCACCACCUCCCCCACUCUCUUCUAACCUCUAUAACCCCCUCCACCAUCCCCCACUCUUUCUACUAACCCCCUCUCUCCCCCACUCUCUUCUACCCCCUCCACCUCCCCCUCUCUUCUACCCCCCUCUCUCUACCCUCCACCCCCACUCUCUUCUACCCCCUCCCCUUCUCUCUCUGCAGCGGAGACCAUAGUGAAUGUUCUAGACUUUAAGAAGGAUGUGGGACUGUGGCACGGCAUCCUCACGGUAAGACCUGCUACUAGAGGUCAGGUGUCAGGGAAAGUAUGAUAAGGGGUUAAGGGUUAGAGGUUGAAGGUUAUGUGUGUAUCCUAUCUCCAGAGUGUGAUGAACAUGAUGCAUGUGAUCAGCGUUCCCUACUCUCUGAUGAAGGUCAACCCAUUGUCCUGGAUACAGAAGGUCUACCACUUCAAAGGUCAGACACACCAACCUGUCAAUCAACCACUCUAUAAUAAAUUCAUCUGUCAAUCUAUACGAUAUUCUUAUCAAGUCAUAUGUCAAUCAUUCAGUCAGUAUUUGAUGCCAACUUUGUGUUAAACUGAUGUCAACACUGUGUGUGUGUCUCUCCAGCCAAGGUAGCGUGUGUAAAGUCCAGGGACAUGCACUGGGCUCUGGUGGCCCACAGAGAGCAGAAAGGACAUCAGCCUGAGUUCCCUCCGGAUGCUGCUGGUCGCCGACGGAUCUAACCCCUGUAACUAUCACUCUAUCUUCCCACCUUCUCUCCUCUCCCGUCCCCUCCUCCUCUCUGCUCCUGUCCUCCUCUCAUCCUUCUCUCUUCUCCCCUCCCCUCCUCCUCUCUGCUCCUGUCCUCCUCUCAUCCUUCUCUCCUCUCCCCUCCCCUCCUCCUCUCUGCUCCUGUCCUCCUCUCAUCCUUCUCUCCUCUCCCCUCCCCUCCUCCUCUCUGCUCCUGUCCUCCUCUCAUCCCUCUCUCCUCUCCUCCUCCAGGGUCUAUUUCGUCCUGUGAUGCGUUCCUCAACGUGUUCCAGAGUAAAGGCUUGAGGUCAGAGGUCAUCUGUCCCUGUGCCAGCUCCCCUGAAGCCCUGACCGUUGCCAUCAGGAGGUACAAACACACACUCACAUCAUCAUAAUCAGCAGCAUUCUCACUUGGUCAAUCCUAGAGUAACAGACUAAACAUUUUAUUUUGUUGGAUUGGAAAAGUAUUCUCACUAGGUGAAAUGGCUGAGGGGGCACUAGCUUAGAUGUGUUAUUUAAGCAAUAAGUCCAGAAGGGGUGUGGUAUAUGGCCAAUAUACCAUGGCUAAGGGCUGUUCUUAUGCACAACGCAACGCGGAGUGCCUGGAUACAGCCCUUAGCCGUGGUUUAUUGGCCAUAUACAACAAACUGGUUACCAAUGUAAUUAGAGUAGUAAAAAUACAUGUUUUGUCAUACCUGUGGUAUACGGUCUGAUAUACCACAGCUUUCAGCCAAGCAACAUUCAGGGCUCGAACCACCCAGUUUAUAAAGUGUGAUAUAGCUCUUCCUUUCUCUCCCUGUCUCUGUUUCUCUCUGAUCCAGGCCAGUGGAGGACAGUAGCCAGCCCCCAGGCCGAGGGGUUCUCUCUAUGCAGGGACUGAGUUACAGUGUGGUCCGCGUCGACACCGAGGAACGAUUGUCAGUCCUCACAGUGCAGGAUGUGGGCACUGUUAUGCCUGGAGGUAGGGGUGUGUGCGUGUGCGUGCGUGUACAUGUACAUACCUGUGUGUGUGUUAGGCCUGCUCUGUUCUUCAGCUCCAGUUUUGUGAGGGGUGAGUGUGAGGUAUAAUGUGUGUGUUCUGUCCCCAGCCCUGGUGUGUGUGGUGAAGCCAGACGGUGUGUGUUGUGUGUUCUGUCCCCAGCCCUGGUGUGUGUGGUGAAGCCAGACGGUGUGUGUGUGUGUUUCUGUCCCCAGCCCUGGUGUGUGUGGUGAAGCAGACGGUGUGUGUGUGUGUUUCUGUCCCCAGCCCGGUGCCUGGUGUGUGUGGUGAAGCCAGACGGUGUGUGUGUGUGUUCUGUCCCCAGCCCUGGUGUGUGUGGUGAAGCCAGACGGUGUGUGUGUGUGUUCUGUCCCCAGCCCUGGUGUGUGUGGUGAAGCCAGACGGUGUGUGUGUGUGUGUUCUCUCCCCAGCCCUGGUGUGUGUGGUGAAGCCAGACGGUGUGUGUGUGUUCUGUCCCCAGCCCUGGUGUGUGUGGUGAAGCCAGACGGUGUGUGUGUGUGUUCUGUCCCCAGCCCUGGUGUGUGUGGUGAAGCCAGACGGUGUGUGUGUGUGUUCUGUCCCCAGCCCUGGUGUGUGUGGUGAAGCCAGACGGUGUGUGUGUGUGUUCUGUCCCCAGCCCUGGUGUGUGUGGUGAAGCCAGACGGUGUGCCUCUCCUGUGUAAGACAGAUGAGAUCGGGGAGCUGUGUGUGUGUUCUGUCGCCACGGGAACCUCCUACUAUGGAUUGACAGGCAUGACCAAGAACACGUUUGAGGUAAGGAGAGUAGCGUGUGUGUGUGUGUUUGUGUGUAAAAUAAAUAUAUUGUGUGUAUAACGUGUGUGUGGGUGUUUGUUUAUAACAUUAUAAUGUGUGUGUGUAGGUGUUCCCUGUAGCGUCCGGUGGAGGUCUGGUCAGUGAGUAUGCGUUUGUGCGUACGGGGCUGCUGGGCUUUGUGGGUCCAGGUGGUCUGGUGUUUAUCUCUGGAAAGAUGGACGGCCUCAUCAUGGUCAGCGGGCGCAGACAUAACGCUGAUGACAUCGUAGCCACCGCACUGGCCGUGGAGCCAAUGAAAUUUGUCUACAGGGGGCGGUAUGCAACCGUGCAGUAUUAUUUGGGCAAAGACACUGUAAAUGACACAUGUUCUGGUCAAAUGUAGGGAAUAGUAUUCUUCUCUGUACUCUGCAUGUAAAAGGUAGCAGUACAUAUACAGUACCUUACUAGCAUAACCAUCUAACUCUAACCCUCUCUCUGUCCGUCUGGCUCCAGGAUAGCAGUGUUCAGUGUGACCGUGCUGCGUGAUGAGCGUAUCGUGGUCGUAGCGGAGCAGAGACCAGACUCUACUGAGGAGGACAGUUUCCAGUGGAUGAGCCGCGUGCUGCAGGUAACACCACCGCAACAUGACCACAGUACGGCCAUAAUGCAGGUAACACCACCGCAACAUGACCACAGUACGGCCAUAAUGCAGGUAACAUCACCGCAACAUGACCACAGUACGGCCAUAAUGCAGGUAACACCACCGCAACAUGACCACAGUACGGCCAUAAUGCAGGUAACACCACCGCAACAUGACCACUGUACGACCAUAAUGCAGGUAACAUCACCGCAACAUGACCACUGUACGACCAUAAUGCAGGUAACAUCACCGCAACAUGACCACUGUACGACCAUAAUGCAGGUAACACCACCGCAACAUGACCACAGUACGGCCAUAAUGCAGGUAACACCACCGCAACAUGACCACAGUACGGCCAUAAUGCAGGUAACACCACCGCAACAUGACCACAGUACGGCCAUAAUGCAGGUAACAUCACCGCAACAUGACCACAGUACGACCAUAAUGCAGGUAACAUCACCGCAACAUGACCACAGUACGGCCAUAAUGCAGGUAACAUCACCGCAACAUGACCACAGUACGACCAUAAUGCAGGUAACAUCACCGCAACAUGACCACUGUACGGUCCAUAAUGCAGGUAAACAUCACUGCAAACAUGACCACAGUACGACCAUAAUGCAGGUAACAUCACCGCAACAUGACCACAGUACGGCCAUAAUGCAGGUAACAUCACCGCAACAUGACCACAGUACGACCAUAAUGCAGGUAACACCACCGCAACAUGACCACAGUACGACCAUAAUGCAGGUAACACCACCGCAACACGACCACAGUACGACCAUAAUGCAGGUAACACCACCGCAACACGACCACAGUACGACCAUAAUGCAGGUACCAACCACUCGACCGCAAACAUACCAACAGUACGGCCAUAAUGCAGGUAACAUCACCGCAACAUGACCACAGUACACCCAUAAUGCAGGUAACACCACCGCAACAUGACCACAGUACGGCCAUAAUGCAGGUAACACCACCGCAACAUGACCACAGUACGGCCAUAAUGCAGGUAACACCACCGCAACAUGACCACAGUACGGCCAUAAUGCAGGUAACACCACCGCAACAUGACCACAGUACGGCCAUAAUGCAGGUAACACCACCGCAACAUGACCACAGUACGACCAUAAUGCAGGUAACACCACCGCAACAUGACCACAGUACGGCCAUAAUGCAGGUAACACCACCGCAACAUGACCACAGUACGACCAUAAUGCAGGUAACACCACCGCAACAUGACCACAGUACGACCAUAAUGCAGGUAACAUCACCGCAACAUGACCACAGUACGACCAUAAUGCAGUAACAUCACCGCAACAUGACCAAGUACGGCCAUAAUGCAGGUAACAAUCACCGCAACAUGACCACUGUACGCCAUAAUGCAGGUAACAACCGCACAUGACCACAGUACGGCCAUAAUGCAGGUACAUCACGCAACAUGACCACGUACGCCAUAAUGCAGGUAAAACCACCGCAACCUGACCACAGUACGACCUAAUGCGGUAACACACCGCAACAUGACACAGUACGAUAUGCAGUACAUACGCCUCCACAUGUGGCAUAUGCAGUGUAAAACCACCGCAACAUGACCACAGUACGGUCAUAAUACAACCACAACACAGACUGGUCAAAAUGUUGCAAUAAACUGUUUUUUCUUGUCAAUUCGAAUAACUUUUUUCUACCUUGCACCUGGGAAAUUGUUAGAGGUGCGUACACUACUUUUCAACUGACAGCAGAGUUUUUUCAUGAUCUCUUGACUCUUCCCCUGUGUAUGCGUGUGUGUGAUUGACAGGCGAUAGACAGUAUCCAUGGUGUGGGUGUGUUCUGCCUGGCAUUAGUUCCAGCCAACACCCUCCCUAAGACCCCCCUGGGGGGUAUACACCUGUCUGAGACCAAACAGCUGUACCUGGAGGGGGGGUUGCACCCCUGUAACGUCCUGAUGUGUCCUCACACCUGUGUUACCAACCUGCCCAAACCACGACAGAAACAACCAGGUGAGAGGGAGGGAGGGAGGGAGGGAGAGAGCAAGAGAGAGAGAGCGUGUUUAGCAGAGCUGAUUUAGUGAAUGAUGAAAAGCAACCUUGGCUGAAGAACAUUGUUAGCUAUUAUAGCUCUCAACCUUCUUGUUGUCACAGUUAAUUCAAGUAACGUUUUGGACACGUGUCUUGACCUUAUGUUUGUGUCUAUGUGUGUGUUGUAGAGAUUGGUCCUGCCUCUGUGAUGGUGGGGAAUCUGGUGUCUGGGAAGAGGAUCGCUAUGGCCAGCGGCAGAGACCUGGGACAGACUGAUGACAACGACCAGGUAACAAACAUCAUUCCAUUGCCACAGAAAUUAUGACGUGCUUUUAAAGGUGAGAUGGAUUAUAUUAGUGUCUGUGAUGUCAUAUCCUGUUGUGUGUCCUGUAGUUCCUGUUCCUGUCGGAGAUGCUGCAAUGGAGAUCUCAGACUACGCCUGACCACAUCCUCUACACACUGCUCAGCUCCCGGGUAACACACGCACACACACACACACACACACACACACACACACACGUAUACUAUGAAUUUGUUAAGGACUCUGUUAUGAUAGCUCUCUCCUCCUCUCUAUCACUACAUCUAUCUCUCUCUCCCUCUAGGGGGCGGUGUCUAGUUCUCUGACGUGUCUUCAGCUCCAUAAGAGGGCAGAGAGAGUUGCUGCUCUGCUGUUGGAGAGAGGAGGACUACAGGAGGGAGACCACAUAGCACUGGUCUACCCACCAGGUAACACACACACACACACACUCACUUAGCAUGUACCCCCAAAUACACUCCUCACUCCUUUGUAUGUGUGUUGCAGGUAUAGACCUGAUCGCAGCGUUCUACGGUUGUCUUUACGCUGGCUGUGUUCCUAUCACGGUCAGACCGCCCCACCCACAGAACAUCUCAACCACACUGCCCACAGUCAAGAUGAUCGUAGAGGUGAGAGGUCAAACACUGAGGUCAACUAGGGGUCAAUACUGCCCGGUCAACUGGUAGAGAGGGGGUAGAAGAUAAUGCUGUAGUAGCGUUCUAUCUCUCUGUCCCUUCAUCAUCUCUGUCCCUUCAUCAUCUCUCUGUCCCUUCAUCAUCUCUCUGUCCCUUCAUCCAUCUCUCUGUCCCUUCAUCAUCUCUCUGUCCUUUCAUCAUCUCUCUGUCCCUUCACCGAUCUCUCUGUCCCUUCAUCAUCUCUCUGUCCCUUCAUCAUCUCUGUCCCUUCAUCCAUAUCUCUGUCCCUUCAUCAUCUCUCUGUCCCUUCAUCAUCUCUCUGUCCCUUCAUCAUCUCUGUCCCUUCAUCCAUAUCUCUGUCCCUUCAUCAUCUCUCUGUCCCUUCAUCAUCUCUGUCCCUUCAUCAUCUCUCUGUCCCUUCAUCAUCUCUCUGUCCCUUCAUUCAUCUCCUCUGUCCCUUCAUCAUCUUCUGUCCCUUCAUCAUCUCUCUGUCCCUUCAUCAUCUCUCUGUCCCUUCAUCAUCUCUCUGUCCCUUCAUCAUCUCUGUCCCUUCAUCAUCUCUCUGUCCCUUCAUCAUCUCUCUGUCCCUUCAUCAUCUCUCUGUCCCUUCAUCAUCUCUGUCCCUUCAUCAUCUCUCUGUCCCUUCAUCCUGCCCUUCAUCAUCUCUGUCCCUUCAUCAUCUCUCAUCCCUUCUCAUCUUCUGUCCCUUCAUCCAUCUCUCUGUCCCUUCAUCAUCUCCUGUCCCUUCAUCAUCUCUCUGUCCCUUCAUCAUCUCUGUCCCUUCAUCAUCUCUCUGUCCCUUCAUCAUCUCUUCCCUGUCCCUUCAUGUCCCUAUCUCUUCUGUCCCUUCAUCAUCUCUGCUCUCCCUUCAUCAUCUCUGUCCCUUCAUCAUCUCUCUGUCCUCAUCCUCUUCCCUUCAUCAUCUCUGUCCCUUCAUCAUCUCUGUCCCUUCAUCCAUCUCUCUGUCCCUUCAUCAUCUCUGUCCCUUCAUCAUCUCUCUGUCCCUUCCACUCCCUCAUAUCUGUCCCUUCAUCAUCUCUCUGUCCCUUCAUCACUCUGUCCCUUCAUCAUCUCUGUCCUUCACCAUCAUUGUCCCUUCAUCAUCUCUUGUCCUUCACAUCUCCUGUCCUCAUCAUCUCUGUCCCUUCAUCAUCUCUGUCCCUUCACAUCUCUUUCACCUUCAUCUCUCUUCUGUCCCUUCAUCAUCUCUGUCCCUUCAACUCGUCCCUCAUCAUCUCCUUCAUCUUGUCCCUUCAUCAUCUCUCUGUCCCUUCAUCAUCUCUGUCCCUUCAUCAUCUUCUGUCCCUUCAUCAUCUCUCUGUCCCUUCAUCAUCAUCUGUCCCUUCAUCAUCUCUCUGUCCCUUCAUCAUCUCUGUCCCUUCAUCAUCUAUCUGUCCCUUCAUCAUCUCUCUGUCCCUUCAUCAUCUCUGUCCCUUCAUCAUCUCUCUGUCCCUUCAUCAUCUAUCUGUCCCUUCAUCAUCUCUCUGUCCCUUCAUCAUCUAUCUGUCCCUUCAUCAUCUCUCUGUCCCUUCAUCAUCUCUGUCCCUUCAUCAUCUAUCUGUCCCUUCAUCAUCUCUCUGUCCCUUCAUCAUCUAUCUGUCCCUUCAUCAUCUCUCUGUCCUUCUAGGUCAGUCGUUCAGCCUGUGUGAUGACUACAGCGGUCAUCUGUAAGCUGCUGCGGUCGAAGGAGGCGGUCGCCACAGUGGAUAUCAGGAACUGGCCUCCCGUCCUGGACACAGGUCAGCCCUGACCCUACUCUGACCACACACAGACCACAUGUCUGUAUCUGUCAGGCUGUUAGCUGGUUGUUUGUACUGGUGUAUAACUGAACAUUAUUCUGUGUUUUCAGAUGACCUGCCAAAGAAGAAGGCUCCAGCGCUGUAUAAGCCCUGUAACCCUGAUGCCCUGGCCUACCUGGACUUCAGUGUGUCCACUACUGGCAUGCUGGCUGGAGUACAGGUAACAUUAACCUCUGACCUCCAUCCCUGACCUCUAUCCCUUGCUAUGCCUAGUGGCUGACAUGGUUCCUGUGUGUGUGUGUGUGUAGAUGUCCCAUAAUGCGGUGGGAGCGUUCUGUCGAUCGGUGAAGCUGCAGUGUGAACUGUAUCCCUCCAGAGAGGUAGCCAUCUGUCUCGACCCCUACUGCGGCCUGGGCUUCGUCCUCUGGUGUCUCUGCAGGUACACACACACACCAUAACACACACACACACAUAACACACACACACCAGUAAAACAACUGUUUCAAUGGCCAACAAUUGACUUCCCUUUCUAACCUGUAACUCGCUCUCCAGUGUGUAUAGCGGCCACCAGUCUAUCCUGAUCCCUCCAGUAGAGUUGGAGUCUAACCCAGCCCUGUGGCUGCUAGCUGUCAGCCAGCUCCGAGUCAGAGACACCUUCUGUUCCUACAGCGUCAUGGAGCUGUGCACUAAAGGACUGGGCCUGCAGACAGAGGCACUGAAGGUACACAAAUACACACACACACACACAAACACUCACACACACACACACACACACACACAAACAAACACAGUUAACACGCAGAGAGAACUAAAUCAAGUGCUCUUUGUAUUGUCUUUGAAUUGACUCAGUAAAUGGUGUGUUUGUGGCCUGAGGUGUUGUCUGAUUGGUUGCUGAUCGACAGAUUGAGUUUAUUUUAAGAGGUUAACUAUCGCCAUGGAAACUGGGAGCUGACUCACUGAGAGAAACACAUAGGGAACAGAUCCAGGAACAAACAACAGCUUUAUAUAGCUGUCAGUAGGAUGAGAGUGGGAUGAGAGGGAGGUCAUUAUUGAAAUGUUGUGUUGAGAAUUUAAAUGUUAUGCCCCCUCCCCUCGCUUCUCUUCUCCCCUCUCUCCUCCUCCCCCUCUCUUCUCUUCCCCCCUCUCUCUUCCACCCCUCUCCCUCCCCAGGCACGGGGUCUGGACCUGUCCCGUGUGAGGGCGUGUGUUGUGGUAGCGGAGGAGAGACCCAGGAUGUCUCUAACACACUCCUUCUCCAAGCUGUUUAAAGACCUGGGCCUGCACCCCCGAUCUGUCAGCACAGCAUUUGGCUGUAGGGUCAACCUGGCUAUCUGUCUACAGGUAGGUGUUUGUGUGUUUGUGUGUUUGUGUGUUUGUGUGUGUGUUUGUGUGUGUGUGUGUGUGUGAUAACAUGGUCACUCUGUGCUGUGAUUGGUUACAGGGCACCUCUGGGCCGGAUCCCACUACAGUGUACGUGGACAUGAGAGCUCUGCGACAUGAUAGGUACGUCUGCCUGUCAAUCACAGCAACAACCAAUCAGAUCAAUCAACCAAUCAACUUGUAUAACAGUGUUUUUGUUUGUCUCUCAGGGUGCGGUUGGUGGAGAGAGGUUCUCCUCACAGUCUCCCUCUCAUGGAGUCAGGAAAGGUAGGUUCUGUACCAUGUUUGAACAUUUAGAAUCAUAAAGCUUCCUGACUGUAGAGUACUAAGACUCUCUACACAUAGACCAGAAUGGCUCAUAGGCUAUAUGCUGUAUAUGGAGCUGGAGAUGGAAGCAUUGUAGCGUAACCAUGGUGACUGUUUCAGAUCUUACCUGGCGUCCGCAUCAUUAUCGCCAACCCAGAGACCAAGGGACCGCUGGGAGACUCCCACCUAGGAGAGGUCAGCACACACACACACACACACACACACACACACACACACACACACACACACACACACACACACACAGGAGAGGUCAGCACACACACACAAACACACACAAACACACACAUACUCACACACUGAACUUGUUUCAUGAUUUUAUGUUGCCCCAAUAAAGAUGAUUGUCUCUCCCUCCCCCGUCUCUAGAUCUGGGUGCACAGUGCCCAUAACGGCAGUGGAUAUUACAGUGGUUAUGGAGAGGAGGUCCUUCAGUCUGAUCACUUCACCUCCAGACUCAGCUUCGGAGACACAUCCACCGUCUGGGCUCGCACCGGAUACCUGGGCUUCUUACGACGUACUGAACUCACCGAUGCCAGCGGAGGUAUACACACACAAACAUACACACACACACACGCACUAACACACACACUCACCCUUUCUCUGUGUUCCCUCCCCAGAGAGACAUGAUGCUCUGUAUGUGGUGGGUGCAUUGGAGGAGGCCAUGGAGCUGAGGGGGAUGAGGUACCAUCCUAUAGACAUAGAGACCUCCGUCAUCAGGACGCACAAGAGCAUCAUGGAGUGGUACGUCACUGUACACCUAAAACAACACAAAAGCUAUUUCUAUUCUUAAUUAAGGUAUAAACACUAUAGUUGUAAAUUACUAAUCUGUGUAUAUAUAUAUAUGUGUGUGUAUGUGUGUGUGUACGUGCGUGCCACAGUGCGGUGUUUCCCUGGACUAACCUGCUGGUAGUCGUAAUAGAACUAGAAGGCUCGGAGCAGGAAGCCCUGGAUCUGGUUCCCAUGGUGACCAAGGCAGUGCUGGAGGAGCAUUACCUCAUCGUUGGGGUUGUCGUGGUAACGGACAUCGGGGUGAUCCCCAUCAACUCUCGCGGGGAGAAGCAGCGCAUGCACCUCCGAGACGGCUUCCUACAGGACCAGCUAGACCCCAUCUACGUGGCCUAUAACAUGUAACCCAGCCGCCCCAUCCGGGGGUGGGGUGUGUGUGUGUAUGUGUGUGUUAGCAUGCGUGUGUAUGGAUGUGUGUGUGUGUAUAUCGCUGGUGUUCAUUUAAAAUCAAGACGUACUGUAUUUUUGAAUCUGCAUAUGGUCAUAUGCCAGUUGUCUGAUCCUUUAGUUGAGCUGUGGUGGAGGUAUGGCUGUUUCUGCACCCCCGGUUAAACCGGACACCUAGACAGGAAGUCACUGUACAAAACCUUAAGGGAACACUGUGUAUCGAUGGACAGAAAGACUGACUGCACCACUAGUAGUUGUUGUUAGGAGAGAGAAAAUAUCUCAGAACAUAUCUGUUUUCUUGAUGAAAUAGACAUUUAAAAUAAAGUUCUUAAAGUAUAUUGUCAGAAGAAGACAGGGGGUUCAGGUUAGUGUAUAAAUAUAAAUAUUGUACAUAAACAUAAUCUAUAUGGAGAGAAAACUAAAACACACUGAGGACUAUCCCUGUUACACAGCUCUCCACCCGCACCCGGUGUGUGUGUGUGUGUGUGUGUGUGUGUGUGUGUGUGUGUGAGUGUGAUACAGUGUACUCCUUUUCAGAAUCACAUCCAUCCUCGAUUUGUUUCCUAAAAACCAAUUGACUCCUAAAUGUCAAGUCAAUCUGUUAGAAGGAAACCUUUGUUUCUCUCCCAAAUUGUUUUAAUGUUGUAAGCAUUUGAUUAUGGUAAUAUGUGAUUCUGCUAAGCAGAGAGCCCAGUAAGUAGCAGAGGAAAAAUGUAGUUGCAAGGAGUUGUAAAACCCAGCUCUGGACCAGAGAAACAAUACCUUCUAAAUGACACCCUAUUUCCUUUAUAGUACACUACUUACUUAUAUAGGGAAUAAGGUGCUAUUUGGGACACAUCCGCAGUGAAGUGUUCUAACAAAGAGACACAGUUUAGAUUUGUUUUAUAUAUCUGUCAUAAGAUUAUUACUUAUGGCAUCUUAUAUGCAUGUUAUCAGUUAUUCCUUUUCUGAGAAAAACAUCAUUUUAAUGCGCCUUAUGCUUUGUUUACAUUCAGUUCCUGUUUGAUCAUUAUAAACACAACACAUCUCAUUUUUAUUUCAUUCAUCAGCUACUUUUGUCUCAGAGAACUAUAAUAUGAUGCCAUGUAUGAAAAACAUGCAUAUCAUGACGUGUAUUUAUUUGCUUGUUAUUCUGUGUUAGAGAAUGGUGAUGGUAUUAUCAGCCCCUGACUGUGUGUUAGAGAGAGAGGAGUCUUGUGGGUAGGGUUAAGCCUGGUCCAGAAACUAGAGGUGAGAGCGACUGCAUGGUGUGUGCGUGUAUGUAUAUAUUGUGUGUAAAUAGUGUUGAUUUUGUAUGGUACAGGUGUGUGUGUGACUGUUUUGUACACAUGAUGAAAAUAUAAAAAUGACACUUUUAUAAGAGCCUUCCAUUGGCUCGAUGUCACACUAUACAGUGCAAUAAAGUGCUUUGAUUGGUGUGCUGUUAUUGGUUCACAUGCUUUCAGUGGUGCUCAGCAGAGAGGGAAAGGACUUGCACAAGUUCUAGGAUCAGUUCUCUGUCUUGGGUGACUUCAUCCUACUCUAUGGACAGAUGCUCAACACUAAUUGGGGCCUCUAGUGCAGGGGUUCCCAAACUUUUUCACUCGGAGCCCCCCUUCCAGCAUUGGGGAACAUCCCUUGCGUGCGUGCGCCAGGUCUAUUUCUAUGGGCACAAGCACUGUUCAUGACACAAACUGCAAUUCUACACAUUUUGUCAUGGGGUGCAAAGAAAAUGUUGCAGUUUUAAAGCUAAUUGUCUUGCAGUUCUAUACAUUUUGCGAUGUCUAAUGUAUAUUCAUGUGAUAAUUGAGUGACUAAAAAAUUACAACUAUCUAUGGGCUAAAAAACCUAAAUAAAGAAACGUUAGCUGACAUGGGCUAGUUGAUCUGGACGGUUAUAAAUAGCUCUCUAAGGUAUGCAAUGACUAACAUGACAAGAGGAACUGAUGAUGCACUACCCAAUUUCAAAAUUGCAGCUUGUGCAUUCUACUAUUACAACUUUCAAGAGCAAGUUUAAAGCCGGUGGUGGGACCCCUGCGCCCCACAAUUUGGGAACCACUGCUCUAGAGGACAAGUAGGAACUGAAUAGAGGCUGCUCAGAGCGUCAGUGGGUUCCCAUAUUUACAUCAUCAUGUCAUAACAGGAAACUGUGUGUGUCACACAUGAAUAUGUUGGUACUAAGGCGCAGACCCACACACACACACUUUAAAACACGUACAAACAGAUCUCAGACAAACAUCUGAAGAUGAAUCUCUGUUUUUGUCCAAGUAAGGCUAAAAUUCGUACUAUUCCUCUGAAGUUCCAAAUAUACAGUACAGUACCAGAUACAGUACAUCGGUACAAUCCUCAUCCAAUGAGAGUUAAGGAAAUGGGGAGGGGGAGGGAGCAGGAAAAUGGAAAAAGAAAGAACUGUGAAAACAGAAAUCUGAUGGAUGUCAUAAAUUAGGAAACGUCUUCAAAAUAUCUCCAAACCGAGUGGGUUGUCUCUAAUUUAUGCUUUGGCCACAACUACAAGGACGAGUCAAUAACAUUAUUUGGGUAUGAGUUGAUAGAAAAUGAGCUGUUAAAAAUGAGAUUCUCAUUGGACAGGUACUUUCAAAGAUCUGAGACUAUAACUCACUCUCUUUUCUUUCUUUCUCCACUCUCCUCUCAUGGACAAUACCAUGACUCCUUUUUGACCAUCUCAGGUUGUUAAAUUUAACCAUCCAGGGACUUAAUAUGACAGAAGUGGUCGUGUGAUGAGUAAUCUUGCCUAAGACUGAAGAAUUGCCCUUGACCCUAACUGCAGCCUUAUCCUCAAUCGCUCUCUCUCUCUAUUUUUCUCUCUCGCUCUCUCUCUUAGAGCCAUGUGAAUGUUGUUAUGGUAUAAAGACAUUCUUCAUCAUCACAUUAAACUAGUAAAUGACUGAAUUAUUUGUGAGGCGGCCAGAACACAGCUGGGAUGAGUUUAUCACUGGAAUUUCAUCCUCUUCCUUUUCCCCUCUUCUCUUUUCACUCUAUGCUGUUCUCUCCUCUCCUCUCAAUCGGCUCUCCUCCUCUCUUCCACUCCAUCUCUCCUCCCCUCUCUCUCCUCUCUUCUUAUCUCUUCUCCUCACAGGAAUGUAUCAGAGUACCUCUGAUGGGACAUUAUCUUUCAUUAUAAAUAUCUGACAGUCAGCCUGGCAUUACAGAGCACUAUCAGCUAUCAGGUUUCUAAGGCUACAAGCAUGUCGAGUGUAGUUCAGGUGAAGGCCGCUAGAGGUCACUGGGGUGGUGCUGUAAACUGAAGGCUGGGGAGAUGGCACACCAGGCAGGUAGGCCUAGGCUACAUGUCCUUCACUCUGACCCUCAACUCAUACCUCAGAGUCCUACUCCAAACAAGCUAAAUACGUUUUAGAGAAGUUGAAAUGCUUGAACUGGGGUCCCGUGUGGCUCAGUUGGUAGAGCAUGGCACUUGCAACGCCUGGGUUGUGGGUUUGAUUCCCACGGGGGACCAGUAUGAAAAAGUACAAAUGAAUACACUCACUACUAUAUGUCGUUCUGGAUAAGAGCGUCUGUUAAAUGACUAAAAUGUAAAUGAACUGAUCUUUGCGGUCCAGACUGUUAUUAUUGGAGAUGUAGGAGUCUGGGAGGUAGGCUAUAACUAGGCCCGAUAGACUGUCUAUAACCAUAACCACAGUCCGAGUUUUAGUUGACUGAACAGGAACUAGAACACAUCUUCUCAUAAAAAAAGAGGGUUUUAAUCUAACCAUCCAGGGACUUAAAGUGACAGAAGUGGUCGUGUAAUGAGUAACCUUGCCUAAAGGCCGCUACACACUUUCUGCAAACUACGCCAACGCAGCGACGGAGCAUCGUUUUCUACGUAGUUCUACGUACUUUUGUGCGGCUCAAAUUUUGGACCGGAACGUAUAUGAUGCUCUGUCGCUCUGUUUGCGUUAAGACUGAAGAAUAGCCCUAGACCCUAACCCCAGGCUUAUCCUCAAUAUUUAUUUAUUUCUCUCUCUCAGAGAUGUGAAUGUUAUGCUAUAAAGACAUUCUUCAUCAUCAAAUGA